AUGCAGUGGUGCCGGUGGGCAGGUGGCUGGAGCACACGCAGACAGUCUGCUGAGCUGGAGCUUGAGGAUUCUUUCGACUUUCUUUUUAAAAUCAUCCUGGUGGGGGAUUCGAAUGUUGGAAAAACCUGUGUGGUGCAAAGCUUCAAGUCUGGAAUUUUUAUUGAGAAGCAACAAAACACUAUCGGAGUUGACUUCACUGUUCGGACACUCGACAUCGAUGGAAAGAAAGUGAAGCUGCAGGUGUGGGACACUGCUGGUCAGGAGCGCUUUCGGACCAUCACCCAGAGUUACUACCGCAGCGCUCAUGGGGCGAUGGUCACUUAUGACAUCACACGGCGCUCUACGUUCGAAUCCGUCUGUCAUUGGAUCAGAGAAGUGGAGCAAUAUGGAGCUGCCAGUGUCAUCGUCAUUCUGAUAGGCAACAAGUCGGACCUCCACACCAAUAGACAGGUGUUAUUUGAGGAUGCGUGCACACUUGCAGAGAAGCACGGUGCACUGGCCGCUCUGGAAACCUCAGCCAAAGCCGCGCAGAACAUUGAGGCAGCCUUUGUCCUCAUGGCCAGAGAGCUGAUGGCCAGGACCGGUGUGACGGUCAUAGACGAGAGCUCCCUGGAGGCUCCGCACUUCACCUUGAACAGUUCUCACACAGUCCACGGGGCCCUUACGCCUGAGAGGAACUGUAAAUGCUGA